AUGAGUAGGAUAGAAAAGAGAUUAGAUAGUAUGUUUGAGUUGAUGGAAAGAUUAGAAAAAAGAGAAGAAGAAUGGAGAGAGGAAAGAAGUAGGUGGUUAAAAGAAAGACUAGAGUGGAUAGAAGAGAAGAAAGCUAUUGAAGAAAGGAUCAACACAUUAGAAUGGGAAUUAGAAAAAAAUGAAAGGGAGAAGAGAAGACAGAACAUUGUCAUUAAAGGUGCAAUUAUAGAAAAAGAAAAUAUAAAAAAGAAGUUGGAAGAGUUUGUGGAACAAAAAAUCAAUGUCAAUGUGAAGGUGAAAAAUGCUACUGAAAUAGUGGUAAAGAAAGGAAAAAGUGAUAUGAAAAUGGUAGUAGUAGAAUUGGAAAGCAAGGAAAUGAAAGACACAAAAAGAGAACAUAAAAAUGGUAGAGCAAAAGGAGGAAUAAUUACAGGAAUUAAUAAGAAGUUAGAAAUUAAAAAUUACGAGGAAUUGAGUGGUAACAUAGUAAAACAAGAGAUUAAAUAUGGCGAACAAGAGUGGACAUUUGUAGGAGUAUACUGCCAAGACGUGGCAAAGACAAUGGAAAUUAUAAAAGAAAAAAUAGGAACGCAGGAAAAAGGUGGUAUUAUACUGGCAGGAGAUUGGAAUGCGAUGACUGGCAGGGAAGGUGGAUGGGUCAGUGAGAUGGAGAUUGGAAGCAAGGAAGUUAGUAACAGGAAAUCAAAAGAUAAAACAAUCAACGAGGAAGGAAGAAGGUUAAUUAAGGAUAUAACAGAAGAAGGAUGGGGUAUAGUUAACGGACAAAAAGGAGAAGAAGGAAACUACACGUACAUUGGCAGCAGAGGUGAGUCAGUAAUAGAUUAUGUUAUAAGUAAUCAAGAAGCGUUGGAUCAGAUAAAAGAAUUAAAAAUAGGACAAAGAACAGAGUCAGAUCAAAUGCCAUUAGAAAUAUACUUAGAAAAUGAAAUAGAGAUGGUAGAAGAUAGGGGAAAGGAAGAAAAGGAAAUUUCAAGAAGAGAAUGGACGCAAGAAUUGAUAGACCAAUACCAGGAGAGGUGCAAAGGAUGGAAUUGGAAAGAGAUACAAGUAGAAAGAAGAUGGGAAGAAAUAAAAGAAGCAAUAGAAGCAGCAGUACCAAAAACUAAAAAACAGUCUAAGGUAUGGAGAUAUAGAAAGAAGAAAUCAGGCGUUAAUAAUAAGACAGAAAUUGAAGAAUGGAGAAGGCAUUUUAUGAGGAAACUAGGUGGUAAGGAUGAAAAAGCUAUGAUGAUAGAAAAGGUGGUAGAAGAGAAUGCAAGAAUAGAGAAAAGUACACAGGAUCAAGAAGAAUUAAGCAAAGAAGAGCUCAAGAGGUUAAUAAAUAGGUUAAAACCGAGGAAGGCACCAGGAGAUGACAAACUAGAAAACGAAAUAUGGAAAUAUAUGCCAAAAGAGGUUGAUGCAGCGCUAUGGGAAUUGAUGAAGAAAGUAUGGGAAGAAGGAAGGAUUCCAGUACAAUGGAGAAGAGGAGUGAUAUGCACAAUUGUAAAGGAGAUUGAACAAAAAUUAGCAGAAAGUCAAUUUGGAUUCAGAGAAGGAAGAGGAGUGAUGGAAGCAAUUUAUACGCUGAAGCACAUAGUGGAAGACAAAUUAAGUAAACCAAAAGGAAAAAUAUUCGCAUGCUUCAUUGAUCUAAAAGAGGCAUUUGACAGAGUAGAUAGAACGGUGUUAAAGGAAAGAUUGCAAGAUAUGGAGGUGAGUAAAAUAUUGAUAAGUAGAAUUAUGGAUAUAUACAAAGAAACAAGUAUAGUGAAGGUAGGAGAUGAAAAAUCAGAUGAAUUUUGGACAGAGAGAGGAGUAAGGCAAGGGUGUCCAUUGAGCCCAACAUUAUUUAAUGUGUACCUAGUGGAUCUAGAAGAGGAAAUGAGAAAAGGGCAAGUAGGAGGAUGCAGAAUAGGAAAUGAAAAAAUAUGGAGUUUAUCCUACGCUGAUGACAUAGUUUUAAUAGCAGACAGAGAAGAAGAGCUGAAAGAUAUGUUAAAAAGGUUCAAAAAGAAUACACCAAAUUAUUUAGUGGAAGAAGAAUGUAAAUUGGAAAGUAUGAAAAUGAAGGCGCUAAGAAGAGCAAUAAAAUUUGAAGAAAAGAUUAGGGACUCAAAAACUAAAUUAGCAAAAGAAGGCAUAAGAGAAAAAGAUAAAGAUAAAGAAAGAGAAAACAUAGGAAGAGUAGCAAAAAAGAGAAUGGAAAUAUUAAAGGAAGAAGAAGUAACAGAAACAAGAUACAUGAGAGGGACAGAAUUCAAAGAGCAAAAUCUUUUGACUAAGACGGUCUUACCACACCCCGUAGGACUACAAAUCAUACUCGUCUACGGAUGCUGCCAGCGCGUAUCCAUCGCGUCGUUUGAACUAAACUACACAUAUAAAUCCCUUCGUAGCAGCGGUGGUGGUGGCGUCGCUGGCGGUGGCGGCGGCGGCGAUAACGGUAUAGCUGAUUCACCGCGGGGAGUCGAGCUAAUCUAA